UGCAGUGGUAUUAAUAGAAAAUGUCCUGUAGAUGGACAGAUUGUAGAUCCAGUCUUUCAAGAUAUCUCCUGCCAAAGAGAGCUUUUACAGUUAGUUUGUGUCUGUAGCAAUCACAAUCAUGGAUGUACUUGGAGCGGAAAGUGGCAGAAUCUUGUAGAACACUUUAGUCAGUGUGCUUACAAGGAAAUACAGUGCCCUAAUGCAGGCUGUGCCACUAAAUUAUUGUCCCAAAAUCUAAAGGACCACAUAGAACGUGAUUGUUUAUACAAGAAAACAGCAUGUCAGUGGUGUGGAGUGUCAAUAUCAAAAGCUGAACAACAGAAUCAUUUGAAAACUUGCCCCAGGCUUCCAUUGUCAUGUCCUGAAGGGUGUGGUGAAAGUAACAUACCUCGCAACUCAAUAGAUGAUCACUUAGAGAAUCACUGUACUUUAGCAGAGAUUGCCUGUCCUUUCAAGAAUAAUGGCUGUUUGUUUAAGGCCCGAAGAGACACCGUUAAAGAGCAUUGUUCAGAACAGAGUGAAGAACACGUGGAACUUCUGGCUAAAUCACUCACUGCAUGCCAGAAAAAAGAAGAGGAGAUGAACCAGACAAUCAAUACUCUAACAGAAGAAAAACGUGCUUUGGAAACACAGCUUGACAAUCAGAGAGAAGUUCUUGCAGCAGCUGGUCACGAUAUGCGUGUUCUGCAGACCAGAGUUGCUAAUGCUGAACGUAUCUUGUCAGAUCAUAAGAAAGAGUUGAGUAAUUUUCGACAACAACUCGGCAGUUUACGCGAUACUGCAACGUUCGAGCAGUUUUCUGCUCAGAUGGAGGAAUUCAGACUCGCAAUUCGAGAGCAUGAAGUUCAACUGGGUACUCUAAAAAGGGAAGCAAUGAAGGUUGUUGGUAACAGGCCUUCAUCAGCUAGUGGAAACAGUGUUUCAAUGGCAAAUGAAGCUCGUAUGGAUAGGCACGAGCAUCAGUUGGCAUUACAUGACGUCAACCUCGCUGAACAAGACAUCAAAAUACAAAUGCUUGAGGCAACCUCCUACGAUGGAAUGUAUAUUUGGAAAAUUGAUGCGUGGCCUAAAAGACUUCAAGAAGCCAAAAGCGGAAGGACCCCUUCCAUAUAUAGCCCUCCGUUUUACGUGGGUCGGUUUGGAUACAAGGUGUGUGCGAGAGCGUAUCCAAAUGGUGAUGGUAUGGGUAAAAGCACGCAUCUUUCCGUGUUUUUUGUGAUUAUGAGGGGUGAAUAUGACGCGUUAUUACCGUGGCCAUUUCACCAUAAGGUAACCUUCAGACUGCUGGAUCAAGAGGGACAGGUGGACGUGACGGAUUCGUUUCGUCCUGAUCCUAACAGCUCAAGUUUCAAGAGACCCACUUCAGAUAUGAACAUUGCGUCAGGAUGCCCUACCUUUAUAUCACACAACACUCUGCGGACCCGUGGAUACGUGCGGGGUGAUACGUUGUUUAUUAAGAUCACAGUGGAUACGGCUGGAAUUCAAGUUUACUGAACUGAUUGCCUUGGUGAGAUAUUUCUUCCGGUCAGUUAAGUGAUUGAAGGCAGUUGAGAAGUGGUAAUUUGAUUAAUAUACGCGGACAAAUAGGAAUCCUUCCCGUUGAAAACAGGCGAUUUGCGGGUUUCUACUGAAAACUGUACGCGUACGCGCGCACGGAAAGCGCGCGCUUGAACUACAGAGUAAAUAAAUAGGAAAUUUAAUUCUUUAGCGCGCGUAUGUGUUGUGAAUAGUAUGUGUUGCGCUAGACCCACAUUCACAAGAAAUUAAAGUUAACGUUCCGUCCGUUCGGUCGAAGCGUGCCCAGCUUGAAGACUAA